AUGAACAAGUCCUCUCUCACGUACUUGAUAGGGGCGUCCGUCUUCGCCACAGGUAUCUUGUGCUCAUUCCUGCUGGCCAGGCUCGCGGAGUCCUCUCUCGCCGCGCUCGAGGAGCAGGUCUACAUCGAUGAGUCGGGUUUCUUCGCAGAGAGGUGUCUCUCUCUGUUCGCGACGACCUCGUUGAUGCCCGGGCUCGUCGACGCCCUGAGCCUCAUCAAUGUCACCAACCGCGAAGAAUUUGAAACCCUGUCCAGGGAGCAGGCGAGCACGGAAGGAAUAGCUAUUAACAUAGCCCUGUUGAGAAGGGUAGACCCGUUGCUCGCAGAUUCCGCGACCACCGACAUUGGCGAGCAGUACAACAAAACCGUCGACCUGAUAUACAUCACCGAUCAGGACGUGCAGGGCGACCUCUUCCUCGUGGAGUACGUGCUUCCGACGGCUGUUCAAAGCUCGCUGGGUUUGGUGGUAAACUCCGAGGAGUCCAGGGCGGACGUUAUAGACACCGCGGUGCGGUCGGGGGAACCGACUUUCCUGGACAACAUCGCCCUAGCAGACACGGGAGACCACGGGAGGCUGGCCUACUACCCCAUAGUCUCCAGCUCCUUGUGGAGUUCUGUCGAUAUUAUUCUCAACAUGGUAUUUAGAUACAACGCCUUGUUCGAACCGUUCGUGGUGCAGUUUUUGUCGACGUUCCCCAACAGCGAAGCAGAGAUUUUGGUGGACGGAAACAGGGUCAUCGACACGAAACCACAGAGAGACCUGGACGGAGACAACUCGAUGCUGUUCACCUCGGGCAUAAUGGACGUCCUUGUCUCAGAGUUUGACCGUUCGGAGCACGGCAACGUCUUCGCCUACGUGUUCGUUUCCGGCGCGGCCACCGUUAGCAGCCUGUUGGUUGUUGGUUUACUCUUGAACCGUUCCAGGGUCAAGGCUGAGCGGUACUCGAGCCUGAAGUCGAAGUUUGUCGCCGAUAUUUCUCACGAGAUCCGAACGCCCAUGAACGGAAUUCUGGGAAUGUCGGAGCUCCUGGCGGAUAUGGACCUUGACCCGACGUCCAGGUACUACGUGAAGACCAUAUCAUCGUGUGGAGCUUCUCUCAUGACGCUCGUCAACGAUAUCCUCGACAUGUCCAAGAUAGAGGCCGGGCUCCUGGACAUCAGGGAGGACACCAUCACGGUGCAGCGCACUGUGAAGCACGCCGUGGAGAGUCUUUGGGUAGCGUAUAGGAUGAAGCACCGGUCCAACAUGGACAAUCUGCAGAUGAUCCUGGACUUCGAAGCUGGCGUGCUCAGCAACCUGCUGAGCAACUCCCUGAAAUUCACCGACGCCGGCUUCAUCAAGAUAGUCGUCUUUUGCGUCGGCAAGGGCGACUUUCAAUCCAGAGCCAAGUCCAGACGCAAGUUGAGAGGCAGAGCCGUGUCCCUCGUCGAGGAGGGGUACUCCAGGUCCACGGCCGAGCCCAGAAGAAAGUCUAGAGCCACGAGCUACAUCUCCGUGAGCGUUGAGGACACCGGGUGCGGCAUGACGGAGGACGGCGUGAAGGGGGCCUUCGAGGCCUUCAAGCAGGUCCACUCCAGGACGGACGUAGGGGGGACGGGGCUCGGGCUGAGCAUCUGCAGGCAGCUGUGCGAGCUCAUGGGGGGGGAUAUUGUAUGCUCUAGCAUUCUAGGGGUGGGGACCACCGUCACGUUCACGGUGGAGGCCAAAGUCCCACCCGGACAUGACAGGACCGCUCCACCACUCAGGAACGUGUACAAGAACGAGCCCGCAGAAGUGGAGAAAACGGACGACAAUUCCGCAUCGUCGGUCUCGGACGCCCUGGAACCCAUUCAAUCCAUGAAGCCCCAAGAAAACUCGACGCACCCGAAGAUCCUCGUGGUCGACGAUGUGCUCAUAAACAGGAAGCUGCUGUCGAAGAUCCUCCAGAGCAUUGGCGUAGAGGCCGACACGUGCGACAACGGCCUCCAGGCGGUUCAGAUGUGCGAUGUCUGCAGGUACUCGCUCAUUUUCAUGGACAUGGUCAUGCCCGUAAUGGACGGGGUGGAGGCGUGCAAGGAGAUCAGGUCCACAAGAACCAACAGCGAGACCCCCGUGGUCUUCAUCACGGCAAACGUACAGUCCAACGAAAUAGCGAGGUGUGAGAAGGCGGGGGGGCGCGGUUUCAUCUCGAAACCCUUCAGCAAGGCCAUGAUCGUGGACGCGAUUGCCAGGCACUGUUCCCCCGAGGAGAAGGAACACAUGAGGCGGUACCUCGAAGACGCCGGUGCACAACGGACAACCAAGGACCCUGAAUCAGCGUAAGUGGCGUAUUGUAUCGUAGAUUGCUUCGGGCCACCACGCUGUUCCUCUAGGAUUGUUUUUUUGAGGUGGUAUGAGUAGGUGCCGCAGGUGGUGUGAGAAGGAGUUGGAUAAUAGUCUAAUGUGGUAAAUCCGAAGUGCAUAUGUAUACAUAAUAUACGUGUCGGGUUUGGUCGGCCCAAAUGCACGAGUAACAGCAACAAAUAAUAGUAAAUGUUAAUGUUUCCGUCCAAACACGGCGGAAUACUCUAUCACGCAUCACUUGGCAGAGGUUUACACAUGAUCAUUCCUGUUGUAGAUUGGACGGAGCUUCAAUUUGAUGGCGGGUAGCCAACGUUUACGCGAAAGUGCAUCGAGAUCGGGACGAUUUCGUGUUGUUUCGUGCCGGAAGAACCUGCUGCGUGCCCGUGUUUCGUGCUAUACACCGACACCGCCGCACGUCAACAACGCAGGAGGCGCCAAUCAAGCUGGAACUUGCAGAGGCCGUCUCAAGUAGUGCAGUACGGCCGAUGGUUUAUUCCUCGCGCCUUGGGCGUUCGGGUCAAGAAAGCGCGUGGUUCAGAGCUUCGAAGUGAACGGCGACAUAGAGACAGACAGACAGACCGACAGACACUUUUUUUACCGUUAUGUGAAACCUCUAGAGAUCGUAUCGGUCUCCUAAAGGAAUUUCAGGUCGGCACAACAACAAUUGUGAGGCACAUGCUUGUUGUAUGGGAUUGCUUGCCCCGAGAAUCCAUGAACGGGAAAUUGGUUAAUUCAUCUGUCCUCGCCCGUACGAAAGUGCAAUAUACAGAAGUACUCUAGAAAAUAGGCGAGUAGCCCGGAUAUCUAGGGAAAGAGGCCACCAUUCCCAGUCGUACCCCCGAUGGCUCUUCCAGCUUUGCCCCCAAUUUCGAAGAGCGGCCUUUGCGAUGUCCUCGGAAACCACGUCGCCCACCGCCACACACGCUCAGCGUCUGAAGGCCGAUGCCGCUGUUCCAACGCACCAUGACAUUUAACAUUUGAAUUUCGAUGAAGCUAGCGUUGAGACCCUCCACGACAUUUUCUCCGUUCCCUUGCCUUGCGUUUCUUCAUUAACGCCUGUGUUCCCUUGCCUUGCCUGUUUCACACCACCGUCCGCAGAGGCAUAUGACGAAAGGGGCCUGUGGCAUAUGUCAUGGCGGUGCCUUUCUCCAGCCCAAGCUUGUCUUUCGGUGCGAGCACUGCCGACCUCAUCUGCUGCGGCCCAUGAAGACUCGAGACCAGGAUCUAACGGGAGACGGAGGAUGAAAAAAGGUGUUCUGUGGAGACCACCUUCAUAAAGGUUGAAACUCCCCAACGUCUGUCGAGGACGAAACCCUCCUUUCGACAAUGGCGUCGACGAAGAGAUGUCAGCGUGUCUGCUUUUGGUUGCAAAAGACACGGGUUCAAAACCCGCUGCUCACCUAAUUUUCUUCCGGGGUACGGAAACAAGAAAAACGGUGGGUGGGCCAAGAAACGAUGCACUGUCUAUCGAACUCGAAACUUCUGGCAAUGCGUGGCGGAAGUGGCGCACCCGCACAGACGCACAAAAUAUUGUUGGAAAAAAGGUGGUUCUACUCGCCGCCAGCCGGUCGGGUUCCGGUUACCCCAAGAAGACUUCUCUUGCCUAGCAAACAAGAAGAAGCCUCA